AGAUAAAACUACCCUCAAUCUAUAAUUUGACAACAUGUUUAUCCCCUUUUCUAUCUAUUCUGUAUAAACUCGUCCAUUUGAGAAGAACGAAGAAGAAGAAUUGGCAGCAAUGGUGGCAUCGAUGUGUUUGAGAAGAUUGAUGUGCCGGAGAAAAGAAUUCGCGACGAAUUAUAAUAAUUUUAACAAUUAUAAUACAACAAAAGUAUCAACCUCCAGAGCAAAAGAAAGAUGUGACAAGAGAAUUGAAAAAGGAGAUUUUGUUGAUUUAUCAACACUUCUGUUCACUGCAAACAGAGAUUACCUAGUCAAGUACAAUCACCCCCAACAGGUUAGGGCUGAGCAGUUGGCAGGAAAGGUUAUCGGUAUAUACUUUCUGCCACUACGUUUCCUUUAUGAUCGUGAUGGUAACGAGCACAGCAAAGCCUUAAUGGGGACAUAUAAUGAUUUGAAGUCUAAGAACUGCUUUGAGGUUGUUUUGGUGGUGGUUGAUGAAGAAGAUGUUACAAACGAGCCUGGAAAAAUAAGUUUCAAUCCUUCUCUUGAAGGAAAAUUGCAAGAUAUAUUUUCCCGAACUCCAUCGUGGCUUGCAAUUCCAUUCUCAGAUAUAACAUCAAGACAGCGUUUGAAAAGAAAAUUUGGUUUCUUUGGUGAAUUAUAUUAUCCUAAGGUGGUUCUCAUUGAUUCAGCAGGGAUGGUUUUGGACACUUCUCCUGAAAAACUAUUUCAGACCUAUGGAUAUGAGGCUUAUCCUUUCAGCGAUGAAAGGAUAUCAUUCUUGAAAAUUGGAGAUAAAACAGCCUUUAGCCAGCCCUCUUUAAAAUCACUUCUGGGCUCCUCAGAACGUGACUUUGUCAUCUCAAACAAAGGGUACAAGGUUCCGAUUUACACUCUUGAAGAUAAGGUGGUUGCCCUAUUUUUUUAUGAGGAUGGUUAUUCACCUGAUCACUUUACAAGCAAACUGAAGAUGUAUUAUGCAGAAUUGAAAAGGAGGAAUGAAAAUUUUGAGGUUAUCCUACUUUACCUUUAUGACACAUAUCUAACUAUAAGUUCCACAAGUGAAGAAACAUUCCGGAAAACUUUUAAUACUAUGCCUUGGCUGGCUCUCCCAUAUAAAGACCCGGCUGUUAAGAAGUUGAGGCGGGUUUUUGGUUAUCCCUACGAGGAAGAGGAUGAAUCUCUAUAUGAUCCUACCCUUGUAAUUGUUGGGCCUCGUCCAGAUAUCAUCGAGCCAGGUUUGGCAACCAUCUUGAGGGGAUAUGACGCAAACCUAUUCAUGUAUGAGGAAUCUAAAAAGCCAGAGGGGGGAAGAGUUUGGGAACUGAAGUUGGAGAUGCUCUGUAGUUCAGAGACUGUCUUCCAAAAAAAUGAUGGGUCCCAGGUUCAAUUCUCUCAGCUUGCGGGAAAGAGAAUCAUAUUUUUGUUCGAGGGUGAUUAUCCUGAAUAUGAUGGUGUCUAUUUCCGAAAGACUUUAGAAAAGAAGUAUAUGCAUAUGAAGGGCACUGCUGAUGAGUUUGAAGUGAUAUAUUUUCCCAAUAGCAAAGAUAAGAACUAUAAACGAGUUGCUGAUGUGCCAUGGUUGGUAUCAUGUUCAGUUGAGUUGUUACCCGGAUGCUCUGAUUUUCUUUCUUUCUAUGGUAAAAGCUGCAACCGUUACCAAUCUUCAUUUCUUCUUGCCUUUGACCGAGAUGGAAGUCUUGUAAGAAAGACCAUAUCUCCUCAGUUCGGAAAUAAUUAUUUUCCCUUUUAUGCUGAUGACGUUGAAACAGAGGCCUUUGAUUUCUGCUGGGACACCCUUUUUGAGGGUUUACUGAGACACUCAAUUAAACAGAUUUAUUUUACAGCGGGAGACCUCCUGUUUUGUGUUUAUUGUUACCAAUGGACGCAUUAAUUUUGAAGUAUCAUCGAGUAAUCUAGGGAACACACCUUGAAUUUGUCUUGGCUUAAUAACUGUGUGUGGUUUUUUUAAGGUUAGGUGUAGUUUGUAUGAACUUAUUGAUAUUUAUUCCGUUUCAAAAUGAAAUGAACUAAGCAUGCUUUAAUGAAUUAGAAAUUUUUUCUGCAUCAUUGAAUGUCAAUAUUUUGUAUAUUGAAUACAGUACAAUUAAAUUUUUAAUAGAAUUCCAAAGGCUAAUCUACUAUCUACUCUAUUUAUUAUUGGAGAACAGCUUAGGUGUUCCUGAGCAAAUUUAUUUACUGCAAAACUACACAAAUAUCCGACCCUGCUUCCUAGCCUAAAUGCCUAAUCCACUCCUGAGUUCUAAAUCAUAGAUACCUCCUCUGUUUGUCUACCCUGUACCCCUGUCCCAAUUACCUUAGUUCAUCAGUAUAUACCCUGGACUCUGGUA